AUGGGGAGAGGAAGGGUGCAGUUGAAGAGGAUCGAGAACAAGAUCAAUAGGCAAGUAACGUUCUCCAAGAGAAGGUCUGGUUUGCUCAAGAAAGCUCAUGAGAUCUCUGUGCUUUGUGAUGCUGAAGUGGCCCUCAUAGUCUUCUCCACCAAAGGAAAACUCUUUGAGUACUCCAGCGAUCCAUGGAAUUCAGAUUUACUUAUGGAAAGAAUUCUUGAACGGUAUGAGAGGUAUUCAUACGCAGAGAGGCAGCUUGUUGCAAGUGAUCAACCACAAACUGAAAAUUGGACUCUAGAACAUGCAAAGCUCAAAGCAAGGUUGGACGUUCUACAGAAAAAUCAAAGGAAUUUCAUGGGACAAGAUUUGGAUGGUCUAAGUAUCAAAGAGCUUCAGAAUUUGGAGCAUCAGCUUGAUAGUGCUCUCAAACACAUUAGAUCACGAAAGAACCAACUCAUGUAUGAAUCUAUUUCAGAGCUUAAUAAAAAGGAACAUGAUUUGGAUAAGUUGGAAAAGUUGUGCACUCAUGAAGCAUGA